GUCGAUUUCGCGGUAACCUUUCGGGAAAGCGUGUAGAUUUUUCCGGCCGCACUGUUAUUUCACCUGAUCCAAAUCUACGAAUUGACGAGGUUGCUGUGCCAAUACUGGUUGCAAAAGUUUUGACAUACCCAGAACGAGUGUUUGAGCACAAUCGCAAGAAGUUGCAACAGUGUGUCAUUAAUGGCCCUGACGUACACCCAGGAGCCAAUUUUGUGACACAGAGAAAUGGUUUCAAAAGGCUAUUGAGGUACGGUGACCGACAAGCGAUCGCUGCAGAACUAUCCGUUGGUGACAUAGUUGAACGACACAUCACAGAUGGAGAUGUUGUUCUGUUCAAUAGACAGCCAUCUCUUCACAAACUCAGUAUUAUGGCACAUUAUGUUAAAGUAAAACCCUGGCGGACUUUCCGAUUCAAUGAAUGCGUGUGCACACCUUAUAAUGCCGACUUUGAUGGCGAUGAAAUGAACCUCCAUGUUCCCCAAACCGAGGAAGCCAGAACAGAAGCUAUCGAAUUAAUGGGUGUGAAAAAUAACCUUGUGACACCUCGUAAUGGCGAACCCAUCAUCGCUGCAAUUCAGGACUUUGUCACUUCAUCUUACCUACUUACGCAAAAAGAUGUCUUUUAUGAUAGAUCACAAUUCGUUCAAAUUUGCUCAUACAUGGCGGAUGCCGAUCUACACAUUGAUAUCCCGCCGCCGACAAUAUGGAAACCGAUGAUGCUGUGGACGGGAAAGCAAGUGUUUGACGUACUAAUGAGACCAAAUAGAGAGUCCAGAGUUCUAGUUAAUUUGGAGAAUAAAGGGAGAUCUUUUGAGAAGAGGGAGGGUAAACCACCCGAGUUUUGUCCUAACGAAGGAUAUGUGGUUAUCAGAAACAGUGUGAUGAUUUGCGGUGUAGUGGAUAAGUCGCUGGUGGGCGACGGAAAUAAACAUUCGUUAUUUUACGUAAUAUUAAGAGACUAUGGAUCAUUUGAGGCAGCAAAUGCAAUGAAUCGAUUAUCAAAAUUAUGCUCGAGAUGGUUGGCAAAUCGCGGAUUUUCCAUUGGUAUCAAUGACGUGCAACCGGGUGAAGUGCUUAAAGCAAAGAAGGAUGAACUCAUCGAGUCCGCCAAUAAGACCUGUGACGAUUUAAUCGAAAGAUCUAAAAGCGGUAAAUUGGUGAACCAACCUGGUUGUAAUGAAGAACAGACUUUGGAAACACAUAUCUCUGGUGUCUUGUCAAAAGUUCGUGAUGAUGCUGGUCAGAUAUGUAUGCAAGAACUCAACAGAUACAACGCACCACUUAUUAUGGCAACUUGCGGGUCAAAAGGAUCGAAAAUCAACGUAUCUCAAAUGGUUGCAUGCGUUGGACAACAGAUUAUAAGUGGCAGUCGUAUUCCAGAUGGAUUUCAGGACAGGUCUCUACCCCAUUUCUUAAAACAUUCGAAGACUCCUGCGGCGAGAGGAUUUGUUAGGAAUAGUUUCUAUAGCGGAUUAACACCAACCGAAUUCUUGUUUCAUGCAAUUUCUGGUCGUGAAGGUCUAGUGGAUACUGCAGUCAAAACCGCUGAGACGGGCUAUAUGCAACGAAGAUUGAUGAAGGCUCUCGAAGAUUUAACUAUUCAUUACGAUCUAUCAGUGAGAAAUGCUUCAGGAUCAUUGGUGCAGUUCUGCUAUGGCGACGAUGGUCUCGAUCCUACUUAUCUAGAGGGUGAUGGUUUACCCGUUGAUUUGAAACGUAAUCUGCAGCAUGCAAUGGGUCUAAGUCCUGCGGCACCUGAUGAACCAAGAUUACUUCCAUAUCAGAUAAAGGACAUCACCAGGCGUGAGCUUUCGACUAGCCGGUUUACCUCGAUGUGUACAGAAUCAUUUAUUCAAUCGAUAUACGAUUACGUUGAUGCGGAACUGGCGAAACCACUUGCAUCAUUACGAGAAAGUUAUGGGUUAUGGCCUGGUAAUGAGAAUCCCGAUUCCGGCGACGAUCCGAUGUUAGUGGACGGCGAUAACAAUGCCGCGAUUAACCAUGUAGUGAAUCAAAAGAUAUACAUAACAGAAGCCCAACUUCAACAGUUUUUUGGUAUCUGUUGGAAAAAAUAUUUGAAUGCAAAAGUCGAACCUGGGACAGCUGUGGGCGCCAUUGGAGCACAAUCAAUCGGUGAACCAGGCACUCAGAUGACUUUGAAAACUUUUCAUUUUGCCGGUGUUGCUUCUAUGAAUGUCACUCUUGGUGUGCCACGCAUUAAGGAAAUUAUCAAUGCAACGAAAACAAUUAGCACACCUAUCAUUACGUGUAAGCUUGUUAGUGAAUAUGACGUAAAGGCAGCGAGAAUAGUCAAAGGCCGAUUAGAAACGACUUAUCUUGGAGAUAUUGCAAAAUGUAUAGAAGAAGUCUAUAAAUUAGACGAAUGCUUUCUUACAAUUACUCUUAAUUUGGAGGCUAUAACGAAAUUGCAAUUAGAGACUAAUAUAGACGACAUCGCUAAAGCAAUCGUUGAAACUAGGAAACUGAAGCUCACUGAAUCG